AUUGUUUUGGAGACCUUACAUUAUCAUUCAUAGCUCUAUCAAAUCGUUUUACGGAUGCCUGCCUAUAUUUUUUUUAUUUACGUUCACGUUGUCAUCCGGCAGUCGCGUUGUUAUGGAAAGUAAAAUAGUUGAUCUUUUUUCUCUUAGUUUAGAGUUCAUCAUUUCACUUUGAGGGAUACAAGGAUAUAAUCGAUUAGAAUUGAAUGGCAUCUUCCUUCGUGUUAUUUCUCAUACUACCGAUCCAUUGCAUUAUUUGCAGUGAAUUUGACCCAUCAGCUCAUCGCGGCUGGCACUUGAUUAAUGAUAAAUGUGGAAUCCGAAACCAGCUGAAAGUAUUUGGUGGAGAGAAUGCCGCCAUAGGAGAGUUUCCUUGGGCUGCUCAAUUCAUCACCACGAAAAAUAAAGACUCAUCAUCAAGUAUGUGCACAGCGGCAAUAAUCAGUGACCAGUUCGUUCUCUUAGCAGCACAUUGUCAACCCAAAGAACCUUACACAUCUGUUGUGGUAGCCGGAAAUGUGGAUAUGAAUCAAGACUCAGACUGUGGCUCAAGAACUAAUAACUGUGCACCGCCAAAGAAAACGUAUCAAGUGGAAAGGUUCUUCCAUCCUGAUGAUGUAUUCUACAAGGAUAUAGGUCUGGUCAAAAUCAAAGGGAGGUUCAAAUUCAACGAUUUCGUUGCCCCUAUCUGCUUGGAGUAUGGAGAGUUACUUUCCAAAGACUACGCCGGCACUGAGGCAGAGUUUGCUGGGUGGGCUGCCUACAAAAUCGACCCAGUGACCAACACAACCUCUGGUCCAUUCAUGCUGCAGAAGUUCACAGUACCUGUGCAAAACGAGAGCGUCUGCAUAGAGUCCAUGCACGUUAUUGUUCGGAAUACCACUUCUUGGCAGAAGGACAGGAAGUCGUUUAUUUGUGCUGGAAGCAGACCUGAUCAGUACAUUUCGUCUGGGGACUCAGGUGGUGUUCUGGCGGUGGCUCAAUCGGUUGCUGGCGACAUACCUAGAUUCUUCGCAGUUGGAGUUGCGGCAAUGCAUUCUGAAGUGCCCUCCAUUGCAGAUGUCUACACGCGAGUCGCAUACUACAUGGAAUGGAUCAUGGAUACUAUCGCCAAUGAAAGUGUAUAACUGCAUUACAUUAAAAUAUAUCGAAUAAUUUUGAACAAUAUCAAGCGAAAUCGGACAAUAUCGAUCAAUAUAGGGCACUAUUAUGACAUAAAAAAGCAUUUUCAAACAUUAAAAAACAAAAUCAAACAAUACAAUACAAUAUCGAAUCAUAAUAACAUCACAUUUCUUCAAAUACAGCUGUAUUCUCACACUGAUUUCACGUCGACACGACGUGACACGACACGAAAGGACAGAAUGCUCUCCUAUGGACUAAUCGGCUCUGUGUAUAAACAAUCUGACAUUAUUUUUUAAUGAA